AGAUAAACCCUCAAGUCAUCUAAAGAGCCCCAAGCUAUAAUUCAUCAUGAAAUUGAUGCUAGCCUUUGUUAUUAUGUCCAUGGUUUUGGUAUCCACUUGGGCUGCACCUCAGGGUAACAAGGACGUCGAAGUGUUGGAUCAAUCCUAUGUGAACACUGGUACGGAUGGCUACAAGUUCAGUUACUCUCUUAGCGAUGGCACUAGUCGUACUGAGGAAGGAACGCUCAACAAUGAAUCACUUUCUGUUAAGGGUUCCAUUACAUGGGUAGCUCCUGACGGUCAGAAAUAUACAGUUAACUUUGUUGCCGACGAAGAAGGUUUUAAACCAGAAGGUACUCAUCUGCCCAAAUAGAUUUAAAAAACUUUGUUUUGUGAAUAAUGAAUUAGA